AUGCCGGGCGAUCCGCCCGCCUGGAGCCCCGCGCCGGCACAGGCACAGGCACAGGCACAGGCACAGGCACAGGCACAGGCGGCCGCGCUGCUGGAGGAGGCGGCGGAUCUGCUGGUGCUGCACCGGGACUUCGCCGCCGCCGUAGAGAAGUGUGAGGCGGGCUGCGACAGCUUGGCAGCCGGUGCCGGGCCCGGGCCCGGCCCCGAGAGUUCUGCAGAAGUGAAAUGCUCCCUUUGUGUUGUGGGGAUUCAGGCGCUGGCUGAGAUGAACCGGUGGAGGGAAGUUCUGUCUUGGGUCCUACAGUAUUACCAUGUCCCUGAACAUCUGCCUCCAAAAGUUCUGGAGCUGUGUAUCCUGUUGUACAGCAAAGUGGGAGAGCCCCAGGUGAUGCUGGAGGUUGGCAGCAGCUGGCUGAGAGACCAAACCAACAAGACCCUCUCUGAGUACGGUUCCCUGCUGGAGCUCUAUCUGCUGCAAGUGCUGCUGCCACUCGGCCGGUUUGAGGGCGCAGAAGAACUUGUCUGUGGUUGUGACGUGCUGGACAGCGAGCAGCAGCUGGCAUUCCUUGGCACCAUUGGCGAGAGCCGGUGUCAGUGGAGCCAGCAGGAAGAGAGACGCUCAGCAGCUGAAGAGCAGCACGAUGCGGCAACAGAAAGUGUUUUGGGAGCUCUGUCCCAGAAGCUCUUGACCAUGUUGAAGUUGCUACGUAGAGCACUGAGGUCCAUGUCAAGCCACUUCUAUUUACUUCCUUACAAGAAGAUGCUCUUCGCUACUUUUCUGCUGUACCUAGUGGUGGUGAGAUUAGACCCAGCUUCUCCCACAUCACUGCCAUUCGUUUAUAAACUGGUCCAGCUCUUCCGACAGGCUUGGGCAGCUGUCCUUUCUCCAAUCCAUAAGCCUGCAAUUCGAGAAUAAGUGUCUUCCAUCAGUAAAAGUGUCAGCUUGUCUGGAGGCUGUUACCAGGCUCUUUGAGGACUGUUGAAAUCUGAGAUGACCAACUGUGGACUCCUGGGUGGUGAUACCUUAAUUUCUUCAGACAGGGAAUUUAAAACCACAACAAGUAUUCUCGACAUUUUUCUUGGCCCUGUCUAACACCAGGGAAAGCCACACCUUCCAUUAUUUACAACUGAAUAAGAACCCUCUUUUUCAAACCCUUUGCUUUGGAUGUAGCUCUUGAAUGAGGUUUGUGUAGCCAGUUAUGAACUAUGGAAGACGGUUUCAUCCUUGUAAAUGCUGAGCAGUUCUCUGAACAAGUGAAAUAGUGUUCCUGGAGGCAUGACUGUAAAAAUCAGUGGAGUACCAGUGAUUUGGGGGAAUAUUCUGUUUUGCCUGAAGGCAUUUGAAAAGCCCAGUUCCUGCAGCAUGGGAUUUAGGACAAGCAUGUGAAAGAAAAACACUGGAGAAACUGAAGCCUAUUGCAUUUUGAAGGCCGUGUUUCCCCUUGUGACUGAUGCCUCUUUACAUAGGCACACUGGAUUUUAGUCAUACAUAAGCCAGAAAGCCAUGCUGGUGGGCCACAAAGACUGUUAGCACCUGCUGUACCUGCUCUUCCUAAAUGCAAAUUACAGCACUUUGUGCUUGCCUGAUACAUAGUGAUUCUUAGAAGCACGCGUUGGUGGUAAGGAAAUAGAUUUAUUUUUUUAAACUAUAUUCUAUGUUAUUGUCUAGUUGAACAACUGAAGUUGUUGCAUUGUUUUACUCUUUCCCUACCUCUUGCUUUGUUUAUGUAGACUUCAAAAAGUCUCUGUAUGUCUAGAGUUGCCCCCCCGGUAUCCAAAGUUAGAUGGGAGCCAUUUAGCAAUGAUCUGUCAUUUAGAACAAAAGUUUAUUUUUAUAGAAAGAGGUACUUCUCUGAGAUCCCAAGGUCUUCCCCAGGUCAGUGGCAAGAAAAUCAGUCCACCUGAAGAUCUGUCACCAGACCAAGUCCGUUUCUGACCACUUUGGGGCAGAAAUUGGAGGUUUGGGGUAGAACAUUAUUUUCUCCUCCAUCCAUUGUGGAUUGACAAAAGGUAAAUUCCAAAGGGAGAGCACUGACCUAAAAAAACAUUGCUUUCAGCCAAUGUAGAUCCCAGUGUGGUGUCUUAGCGCAGUAGUGCCCUUUGUCUUUAGCAAUAACCAUAUUCCGAGGUGGUGGCUGUUCCUGUUUUCUUCACAGGGAUGGCCUGUUGGCACCUUUAGGCUGUGUGUGACCUGUUGCUUUGCUGUCUACCAGGAACUACACGUUGAUAACAGUCCCAUCUGCAGUGCUAAAAACAGUUGUCUGUUUCAUCUUAAAUUAUCCCAAUAAGCAAAACACUCUAGCAUUACUGUCAGACAAACUGGGCCAGGUCACUCAGGAAUGCAGUAAUGACCUUGCCAAGGUCUCAAGAAUAAAACCAAAACCAAUCCCAUAUCCCGCCCCAGAGGUUUUGCCUCUGCCCGGAUUCUACACCAGGGUAAGUAGCACAUUGUGCUUCACAAAAUGAAGAAGUUAUUUGUUAUACACUCUGCACGCAUAGGGAAGAACCGCCUUUGAUAUUGCUAAAUGGUUCCUGUAAUCCAACUAUAAGUGUAGUUACAGUUCUGCAACCAACAGUUGAUGGGAAACCAGAUAGAGUAAAACACAGAAGUUAUAUCUGGAGUUGAGCUCUUUCAAGAAAUGACCAGGAUGUGUCUACUGGCUCCUUGCUUUGCAAGGCCUCACCUUAAGUCCUUUGUAAGCCAGUUGACCAAAUAGCAAACUUCACCCUGAAGUCAGGACAAAUUCUCGCCAAACUGACUGUGUAGGUAAGGAACAGUUUUCGCUCUGGUCUUCUAGCAACAGUCUCGGAAGUUGGGACCAGUGGUUUCAGCAGGCCAUAUGUAGUGUUUAGAACACUGUUAAAUGUUGUAGGCACUCCUUUACCAGGACUUUGACAUUCAACUUUAAAUGUAGGUUGUUAACCCUAACUUUUUUUGAGUCCUACUGAUUUAGUGUUUGCGUUGUACUUAAUUCAUCACGAGAGGGCAAAAAGGCAGAAAUAAGCUAUCAGGGAUUUUUUGCAAUUGAUACUGAAGCUGCGAUAUUUAGUUUUCAUAAUAAAUUGACUACUGAUUUACC